ACCAUGGCAUCAACACCUGGAACUAUCAGAGUCCUUACAACACUGCUUCUUCUAGCCAGAGGAUCCCUCUCACAGCUGGAUGUGUGUGGGCAACCCCCCCUCAACACCCGCAUAGUGGGGGGAGAGGACGCCCCUGCGGGGGCGUGGCCAUGGCAGGCCAGCCUUCACCGCGGCCGCCACUUCUGCGGGGGGUCCCUCAUCAACAAGGACUGGGUGAUGUCAGCCGCACACUGCUUCCAACGCACGAGCACCUCCGGCCUGGUCGUCUACCUGGGGCGGCAGAAUCAGGAGGGCAGCAACUCCAACGAGGUUUCCAGGACCGUCUCUCGGAUCAUCAGGCAUCCCAAUUACAACAGCGUGACCUUCGAUAACGACAUCGCCCUCCUCCAACUCUCGUCCUCCGUCACCUUCACUAACUUCAUCCGCCCCAUCUGCCUGGCAGCAGCCGGCAGCACCUUCAACCGGGGCACCACCAGCUGGGUGACAGGCUGGGGCACCAUCAGAGAAGGAGUGUCCCUCCCCUCCCCACAGACCCUUCAGGAAGUGGAUGUGCCGGUGACGGGGAACAGGAACUGUUUCUGCAAGUACAACCCGUCAGGCAUCACCAUCACCGACAACAUGAUCUGUGCCGGGAGGGACCAGGGGGGCAAGGACUCCUGUCAGGGCGAUUCUGGCGGUCCGAUGGUGAGUAAGCAGGGUUCUGUGUGGGUCCAGGCGGGUGUCGUGAGCUUCGGUAUCGGCUGCGCCGAGGCCCAGUUCCCAGGAGUGUAUGCACGCGUCUCUCAGUACCAGAGCUGGAUCAACACCCAGAUCACCAGCGACCAGCCGGGCUUCGUCACCUUCACCUCCACCGGGACAGACGCAGACCUGAGUGCCACCUGCACCGGCCUGCCUGCUGUCACCACCCCCACCACCACCCCGACCCCCACCACCCCCACCACCACCCCGACCCCGGUGGUGUGUGGACGGGCCCCUCUGAACUCUCGUCUGAUUGGUGGAUCAGACGUGUCGGCGGGGGUGUGGCCGUGGCUGGCCAGCCUGCACCUGAAAGGGACACACACCUGCGGAGGAACUCUGGUGUCCGAGACACUCGUGCUCACCUCAGCCAACUGCUUCUCCAGCUCCAGCACGCCUUCUGAUUGGACGGUGUUCCUGGGCCGCCUGCGACAAAACGGCUCCAACCCCAAUGAGGAGUCUGUGGGUGUGGCCAACAUCACGCUGAGCAGCCUAUCAGGCGAGAACGUGGCCAUGGUGCAGUUGACCAGGAAGCCCACCCUCUCCAACUCCAUUCAGCCAGUCUGCAUGGAACAGAACGCCGGCACCAUCGCCACGGGAACCACAUGCUGGGUCGCAGGCUGGGGCAACGCACAGGCUGGAGGUGUGUGUCAGCCCCUUCAGGAGGUGCAGACAUCAGUGGUUGCCUGUGGCAACGCAUCCUCCUCUGCUGAUGACAUCUGCACCAACACUCUUCAGUUACAGCAGGUGAAGAAACUAGUAGCUAACGCCUCACUUCCUCUCUUCUAACGCCUCACUUCCUCUCUUCUAACGCCUCACUUCCUCUCUCUUCA